AAUAAAUUGACAUCAUUCGGCUGGUCAAAGUCGGCUCACAUACUGCCGAGGCUAAAAUGACCGAGACUGGCGACUUAGUUAAUUGCGAUUCAUUUUGUUCGCAUGUGUGAACAUUUUACCUUUACACAUCCAACACCGUCAUCCGUCUUGCUUUCUUUUCUUUCUUUCAAUCCAUUAACCACAUUUUUAAUAACCUUCGUGUACCUUUUAUUUACCUCCACAGCAGCCUGAUUUCUCCAGGUUAGCUGUUUACUUGGACUACCCACGCGACCGCGCGCAACGGUACUCAAUUCACGGACGACUUCCAUUAUUUAAUUUGCGACCAUUUCUUUGUCGCCCACCUUCCACUCUUCACCUUUCACCUUCCACCCUAAUAUUUCAUUACAUCCUCCUCCGAAAAUCACAACACCGUUACAAACCCUAACUUAAUUCAAUUGCUAUCCGCCAUCAUGUCGGACAAUAUGUGCGGCCCAUCCAAUGCCGCCAAAGGUCUAUCCAACCACCUCGACAACGACCGCUCCCUGCAGCAGGAUCGCUUUACUUCUGCCAGCCGUGCCCCCUCGCAGGGCUUUCGUACUCGACCCGCAAACGGCUCUGCCGAUGGAGAGCAGUCAUUCCACAAUUGGGCUACGUCUAGCAGUCGACUCAACCUCCCUGGCUACUCUCAGCAGCCACUAACGCCUCCCGUUCACAAUACCUACGUCGAAUAUAUGUCUAAUAGGUCCCAAUCUGCCAAUAAUGUGACCUCAAACCAAAACCACGUUAUGAACCAUGGUGUGGGACGUGUCUCGAGUGGAGCUGCUGCAAUCGGAGCAUCAACCUUGGUUCAAGACUUCAACCAAAUGCGCCUAAAUGGAGGCUUCACUCGCGCGACACAGAAUAGCUCUUUUACUCCAAUGGGCCUGAAUGGAAGCUUCAGUGCCGCGGUCCCGCAUCGACAUGCCGGACAGAUGCACCAACCCGCCCCUGCGAGUUCCAUGCGCUACACCACGGGUAUGGCCCUGGCCCCUUUGUAUUUUGAGCCACCAGCAUCAUCAUUGCAUAUACCUGGGGAGCGUAUCUUGUCUACAUCUCCACAGAACAAUGUCAAUGAAGACUUCGACUUCGACUCUGAGCUGCAGUCUUGGAUGGCACAUCAAGGAGUUCAAGCUGAAACCCGCGAGGAACCCAGCGCCGCUGUCAGAGAUAACGGGUUGGAGGAACCCAACAUGGCCCCGCCAGAGUACCGUUCAUCUAUUAAUCACCAAGAGCAGGAGGCUGCUCCAGUUGCUACCGAAGCCAGCGCUCAGCAGACCAACGACUCGGAGCUUGCCGUCGCCGCGCAAAAGAUUCUUGAUUCUGUCUCGGGCAACCAGAAUGAGAAGUUUAAGAGUUCUGAAUUCUUGAAUAUGAUGCGAAAACUCGCGUCGAUGGAGAUAGUUGUCCGAGACAAUUCUCUGGUGGAGACUUCCCAGCAAUCCCAGGAGGGAGUGGCUGCGUCAUCCCGAGCAGCCCGCGGUCCCCAGCGUGGCCCAGCUGGCCAGGUCCCCUUGGCUUCGUCACGCGCACAUCCUACUGUACCCGUCCAGAGCGUGAUGCCCGAAUAGAACCCGGAUCGACGUCGCCGAGUACAGCAGCUUCAACGCCAAAUUCAACGCCGCAUACAGGGUCCGGCCGCUUGGCGUCGCCGCCUUUUCACGUUGGGAUCUCGAAUUCGACGCUCGCGUAUCAGACCUACUGGCG